AAAGACUGAUACAGAGGGAUACACGACGACAAGUCUUAACGAAACACAAACUCAUAUCCCUAUCUUUCUUUCUCUACGUUAUCUCUUCACUUUCUUAGUCAUUUCGGUGUGUUCUAAGGAGAAAGCUAGAGAUACUACUUUCUCUUCUUCUUCUCUAGAGAGAGCUCCAGUCUCUAAUGGCGAGCUGUGUUUUAUCAGAAUGUGGUAUCAGGCCUCUCGCCAGGUUCUACCCCAAACCCACAACCUCUGUUGCCUCUAACCCAUCACCCACUCUCAAACUCAACCCACCAACUACACCUCUUUCUUCUCUCAACUCCCGAAGUGGGUUCUUUGCUAGAACCAGAAACUGGGCGUUGAAUGUGGCCACACCAUUAACAACUCUCGAGACUCCACCCGAGGAAGAAGACGCAAGGAGGUUUGACCCAGGUGCGCCGCCUCCUUUCAGUUUGGCUGACAUAAGAGCAGCCAUACCAAAGCAUUGUUGGGUCAAGAAUCCAUGGAAGUCGAUGAGUUACGUUGUCAGAGAUGUAGCCAUCGUUUUUGGAUUGGCUGCUGUAGCUGCUUAUUUCAACAGUUGGCUUCUCUGGCCUCUCUACUGGUUCGCUCAAGGAACCAUGUUUUGGGCUCUCUUUGUUCUUGGCCAUGACUGUGGACAUGGUAGCUUCUCAAAUGAUCCCAGGUUGAACAGUGUAGCUGGUCAUCUUCUUCAUUCCUCAAUUCUGGUCCCUUACCAUGGCUGGAGAAUUAGCCACAGAACUCACCAUCAGAACCAUGGGCAUGUCGAGAAUGAUGAAUCUUGGCAUCCUUUGCCUGAAAGCCUCUUCAAGAAAUUGGAAAAAACUACUCAGAUAUUUAGAUUCACACUGCCAUUCCCAAUGCUCGCAUACCCUUUCUACUUGUGGAAUAGAAGUCCAGGGAAAAAUGGUUCUCAUUUUGAUCCAGACAGUGACUUGUUUCUUCCCAAAGAGAAGAAAGAUGUUCUGACAUCAACUGCAUGUUGGACUGCAAUGGCUGCUUUGCUUGUUUGUCUCAACUUUGUCGUGGGUCCAAUCCAAAUGCUUAAACUAUAUGUCAUUCCUUACUGGAUAUUUGUAAUGUGGUUGGACUUCGUGACUUACUUGCAUCACCAUGGCCAUGAAGACAAGCUCCCUUGGUACCGUGGAAAGGUAUGCAAAAUCUACUUCACCAUGUUUAUAAUCUCUUCUCAUUUUGAGCCACUGUGUCUCAAGUGCUUCUCUACAGAAGCAGCUAAACCAGUACUAGGAAAGUACUACAGAGAACCGAAAAAUUCUGGACCUUUGCCACUUCACUUAUUGGGAAGCCUCAUAAGAAGUAUGAAACAAGAUCAUUUCGUAAGCGAUUCAGGAGACGUCGUGUACUAUGAGACAGAUCCAAAACUUAGUGGACAAAGAACUUGA